AUGGCUGCCACAAAUACUCAGCAAAUGAAAGCCAUUAUUCAACCCGAUAAGACUUCUCAUGCGCUGAUCCUUACUCAAAAGCCAAUUCCGAUACCUACUCAUCCUCAAGAUGUUCUCGUCAGAGUACAUGCAACCGCACCCUGCAAAGGCGAACUGGACUGGGCACUAUAUGCCCCUGAAUACAUACUGCCUAGCAAGAUUCUUAUCCCGGGACAGGAUCUUGCUGGCAGUGUACUUUCAGCGCCAGAGGGCAGCAAAUUUAAAAUCGGAGACUCCGUAUAUGCACGAAUUGAGGCCAAUCGUCCCGGCGCUGGUGCAGAGUAUGCACUCCCACGGGAAAGCGAACUCGCCCUGAAGCCUAAGAAUCUCAGUUGGAUAGAGACUGCAGCUACUCCACUAAGUUCAUUGACGGCAUACCAGGCUCUCUUUACACAAGGAAAUAUUUGUGUGGCUGCCUUGGCAGGAGACCAGAUCGCAAAAAACACCAAUGCUAAUCUUCGUGUCCUCAUUACCUCUGCGUCUAGCAGUAAUAUCGGCUUUGUUCGUAGCCUAGGCGCUACUGAGAUAAUCGAUUACACGGAUCAAGAUAUUUCGGACUGGGUAGCUUAUGAUCAAUCAAGAGAGGUAGAUUUGAUCAUCGACACGAUUGGAGGCCCGUCACUCGCGUAUUCAUGGCACGCUGUAAGAGAGGGAGGUAACAUUAUUAGCGUUUGCGGUUUCCCGGAGCAGAAUCGCCCCGACGGAGUUACUAAGAAAGCCAACAGCUCAUUCUACCUAGUUAAUCCUAAGGGUACUGAUCUAGAUUCGAUCACACACCUGAUUGAAGCGGACAGAGUUAAACCCAUUGUUGACAGUGUGGUUGAAUUUGACGAUUUUGCAAAGGCUUGGGAGAAGGUUGAGGCAGGCCACACAAGAGGCAAAGUAGUGGUCAAGAUCUCUGGAGGAAUGUAG